AGAAUGAACAAUCCGUCAGAAACCAGUAAACCAUCUAUGGAGAGUGGAGAUGGCAACACAGCAUGGACACUUUUAUGAUAUGGGCACUGAAACUAAAGCACAUGGUGGAAGAAGGAUUGGUAGCAUAUAGAAACAUUUUUAGACAAAUGAAAAAGCAAAAAAGUCAGAAAUUACAGUGUAUUUCCAUAAAGUUACACCAAGUGUGCCUGCCUCUCCUGCCUCCCCUUCCAGCUUUUUGUCUUCUGCCAUUUCUGAGUCAGCAAGACCCCUCCUGUUCCUCCUUCUCAGCCUACUCAGCAUGAAGACAAGGAUGAAGAUCUUUGUGAUGAUCCACUUCCGCUUAAUGAAUAGCACACAAACCAAUGGUCUGGACUUUCAGAAGCAGCCUGUGCCUGUAGGAGGAGCAAUCUCAACAGCCCAGGCGCAGGCUUUCCUUGGACAUCUCCAUCAGGUCCAACUCGCUGGAACAAGUUUACAGGCUGCUGCUCAGUCUUUAAAUGUACAGUCUAAAUCUAAUGAAGAAUCGGGGGAUUCGCAGCAGCCAAGCCAGCCUUCCCAGCAGCCUUCAGUGCAGGCAGCCAUUCCCCAGACCCAGCUUAUGCUAGCUGGAGGACAGAUAACUGGGCUUACUUUGACGCCUGCCCAGCAACAGUUACUACUCCAGCAGGCACAGGCACAGGCACAGCUGCUGGCUGCUGCAGUGCAGCAGCACUCCGCCAGCCAGCAGCACAGUGCUGCUGGGGCCACCAUCUCCGCCUCUGCUGCCACGCCUAUGACGCAGAUCCCCCUGUCUCAGCCCAUACAGAUCGCACAGGAUCUUCAACAACUGCAACAGCUUCAACAGCAGAAUCUCAACCUGCAACAGUUUGUGUUGGUGCAUCCAACCACCAAUUUGCAGCCAGCGCAGUUUAUCAUCUCACAGACGCCCCAGGGCCAGCAGGGUCUCCUGCAAGCGCAAAAUCUUCUAACGCAACUACCUCAGCAAAGCCAAGCCAACCUCCUACAGUCGCAGCCAAGCAUCACCCUCACCUCCCAGCCAGCAACCCCAACACGCACAAUAGCAGCAACCCCAAUUCAGACACUUCCACAGAGCCAGUCAACACCAAAGCGAAUUGAUACUCCCAGCUUGGAGGAGCCCAGUGACCUUGAGGAGCUUGAGCAGUUUGCCAAGACCUUCAAACAAAGACGAAUCAAACUUGGAUUCACUCAGGGUGAUGUUGGACUCGCUAUGGGGAAACUAUAUGGAAAUGACUUCAGCCAAACUACCAUCUCUCGCUUUGAAGCCUUGAACCUCAGCUUUAAGAACAUGUGCAAGUUGAAGCCACUUUUAGAGAAGUGGCUAAAUGAUGCAGAGAACCUCUCAUCUGAUUCGUCCCUCUCCAGCCCAAGUGCCCUGAAUUCUCCAGGAAUUGAGGGCUUGAGCCGUAGGAGGAAGAAACGCACCAGCAUAGAGACCAACAUCCGUGUGGCCUUAGAGAAGAGUUUCUUGGAGAAUCAAAAGCCUACCUCGGAAGAGAUCACUAUGAUUGCUGAUCAGCUCAAUAUGGAAAAAGAGGUGAUUCGUGUUUGGUUCUGUAACCGCCGCCAGAAAGAAAAAAGAAUCAACCCACCAAGCAGUGGUGGAACCAGCAGCUCACCUAUUAAAGCAAUUUUCCCCAGCCCAACUUCACUGGUGGCGACCACACCAAGCCUUGUGACUAGCAGUGCAGCAACUACCCUCACAGUCAGCCCUGUCCUCCCUCUGACCAGUGCUGCUGUGACGAAUCUUUCAGUUACAGGCACUUCAGACACCACCUCCAACAACACAGCAACCGUGAUUUCCACAGCGCCUCCAGCUUCCUCAGCAGUCACGUCCCCCUCUCUGAGUCCCUCCCCUUCUGCCUCAGCCUCCACCUCCGAGGCAUCCAGUGCCAGUGAGACCAGCACAACACAGACCACCUCCACUCCUUUGUCCUCCCCUCUUGGGACCAGCCAGGUGAUGGUGACAGCGUCAGGUUUGCAAACAGCAGCAGCUGCUGCCCUUCAAGGAGCUGCACAGUUGCCAGCAAAUGCCAGUCUUGCUGCCAUGGCAGCUGCUGCAGGACUAAACCCAAGCCUGAUGGCACCCUCACAGUUUGCGGCUGGAGGUGCCUUACUCAGUCUGAAUCCAGGGACCCUGAGCGGUGCUCUCAGCCCAGCUCUAAUGAGCAACAGUACACUGGCAACUAUUCAAGCUCUUGCUUCUGGUGGCUCUCUUCCAAUAACAUCACUUGAUGCAACUGGGAACCUGGUAUUUGCCAAUGCGGGAGGAGCCCCCAACAUCGUGACUGCCCCUCUGUUCCUGAACCCUCAGAACCUCUCUCUGCUCACCAGCAACCCUGUUAGCUUGGUCUCUGCCGCCGCAGCAUCUGCAGGGAACUCUGCACCUGUAGCCAGCCUUCACGCCACCUCCACCUCUGCUGAGUCCAUCCAGAACUCUCUCUUCACAGUGGCCUCUGCCAGCGGGGCUGCAUCCACCACCACCACCGCCUCCAAGGCACAGUGAGCUGGGCAGAGCUGGGCUGCCAGAAGCCUUUUUCACUCUGCAGUGUGAUUGGACUGCCAGCCAGGUUAAUAAACUGAAAAAUGUGAUUGGCUUCCUCUCGCCGUGUUGUGAGGGCAAAGGAGAGAAGGGAGAAAAAAAAAAAAAAACCACACACACCCAUACACACAUACCAGAAAAAGAAAGGAUGGAGACGGAACAUUUGCCUAAUUUUGUAAUAAAACACUGUCUUUUCAGGAUUGCUUCAUGGAUUGGAGAACUUUCUAACCAAAAAUUAAAAAAAAAAAAAAAAAAGAAACAAAAAAAUCAAAAACAAACAAAAAUAAGUGAAAGGACUACUUAUCAUUUCCAGCAGUUGUGAUGACAAGUUAAGGUGGGUUACCAAUUCCAAUAUAGGAAGGGGAUUUCUUGUUUGUCUAAAUUUCUUUUUUUCUUAAAAAAAAAAUCAUUUUUAUGGGUCUGUUGUACAGGCCAUUAAGUCAUAACAAGGUGUUUAUAAUCGUAUCAAUUGUGUUGGGGGUUCCUUUCUUAACUGGUACAAUUUAGGCAGGCCUGUAUUACUGUAUUAUUAUUGUUGUUGUUGUUAUUGUUUUAUAUAUAUAGUUUGGACAUGUUUAUUAUCUCUUGCUCCUGGAUCCUAUUUCAGUGAGCUCCCACACUGUGGGGAGGGAGGGUUUUGGGGUAAGGGGAGACUUCUGUUCUUAACUGUGGGGAAUGUUCUUGCUGGUUUCCUUAUCCUUGAUGACUCUUACAGAGGUGCUAGAAAAUUAUUUUCUUUUGCCACUUAUGCAAGAGGCUUGGUGCAGAAGCUGAAGGCAGUGUGUGCAAACACUCCCAUUCCACACACGCCCCUUCCCCUCCCCACAUCAGGUGGUGCCUUUGGAGCACUUUUGUGUAGGAAGGAAUUCCUGCUGAACUGUAGCUCUCACUCACCCCCAAAUCAUUGAAUGACCCUGAGGCCCAGUUCCUGUGGUGCAACAGUGCUGCUUUCUGCUACUUUCAAUGGGAACAGCUGUACAUGUUGCAGGGCAGGAUUUGGUUCCCAAGAGCAAAGACUACUGCAGACACCUGACUUGGUGGUUCUCCUGAUUUCUUAUCUCCUGAAAAAUGCUCCUACUGUUGGUGUGUUUGUUUGUUUGUUCCAUUUUGUGGAAGUUUUUCAUCCAAACUUUAACUAACUAGGCAAAGAAAAAAAACUGACUUAUUGAAAUUGGGAAACUUUUCCCUUCUUUUAUUUUCUAAAGGAAUUCUACUAGACUAUUUUCCAUUGAUAAUAUAUACAAAAGAGGUGUGAUGAGAAGGGUAUGAGGUUACCACCUUUUCCUCUAGAGAGCCACAGACUUCCUUUCCACUGGAUGGUUUAUAAAUUCCUCUAACCCUGAGAUUCUUCUUGGUUCUCUGACUAAAGGAGGCACUUAUUAGCCGGGCUGGGAUCUGUAGAACCUUUGAAGAAGGACUUUGAGCAGGAACUUUGCACACACCUUAAGUGUCUCCUUGGUUUGUUCAUGAUGCUCCUGCUAGGUAGGUCUAAAUGGCAAUACACAUCUCUUUAUUCAAUGUAGAAAGUAAUUAGCUCUGUAAUUAUUUUCAGGGUGUUUGUAGACUAUAUAAAUGAGCCCAUUGAAAAGGAAGAGCUUGUGAAAGUGGAUGAAGAGGAAUAAGGGUAACUUGGAGAUUAAAUUCCCUUUUUUGUCAGUGUACUGUUAUCAUGCCAUCUGUACCAAAAAAUUUUCCAAAAGACUGGAUCACUGCAGUGCAGCUCAUCUAAGUUCCCCUUCUUAUUGGAGUUAAAGGUUCCCAUUUGGUGGCUGUGGGUGCUUGCUUAAAUCUCUGGUGGUCCCAAGACUGCACUUUUUCUCCCUUUCGAGCUGGGGAUGUAGAGAGAACUUACAGGUGAUUUUUAUUCUGAUUGCUUUUGUUUGUGUCCACAAGGGAGCUUGGAUUCUGUGUACUUGUCUCUCUUUACCAUUGUCCAGUAAGGCAGUAAAUACAGACACAAUGUGUACUUUUGUGUGUUAUUCAAGUGGGAGACAGUCUGUUAAAAGGUCAGAAACAUUUUAGUCCCCUUUAAAAUAUUUCUUUUAGUUUAUUUCUAUCUUGUUUUAUUUCACAGAUAUUUAAUUACCACCCCUAAAUUUCCUCCUCUUACCCUUCACCUUCCCUAAAAUCCUUCCAAAAUCAGUGAACUGCAAGCAGGGAAACUAACAAAUGUCCAUUCACCCUUUUUGUGUGGUGUGUUUUUUUAUGUUUUGUUUUGUUUUUUAACUAAGCUUGAACCAAAGUCAAUUUUUAGCAAGCUGCUGUACUAAUGGACUAGUUGAUAACGUGCAGUUCAGACACAUCGAGGAGAUAGAUGCUACUGACAAUUUCUUUUUCAUUUGUCUUUAUUAAUUUUAUAUGAAAGUUGCUGCUUGUUUUUAAUCUUUUAUGUUGGUAAAUUGUGAUAUCCUCUGGGCAGACAUUAACUUGAUGUCUAACUAGUUUAUUAGGUUGGUGUGUAAAUAGAAUGACAAUGUCAAUUACUAAUUUCUCUCCUCUCCAUUCACUUUUUCUCUGUUGUAGUUAAAUUUAAUCUUCUAUCCUGACUUGACAUCUCUACCUUUAGUCUGUGCAAAUGAUUUUAGGGCUAUCAGUAAUGUUGUAGCUACCCAUAAUAAUGAGUCCCUCCCUUGGGAGUGGUGAAACUUAGAAGGAAGGAUUCAGGGAGGGAAAUGCUGGUACCCACUAUACUGGAUUAGAAGUUAUAGCAUUAAUUUCUCAAAAUUGCUACCAAAGGAAGUGUGGAGUCCCAAGGGACUCAAGCUCAGUGAGGUAAGACAAAGGGCAAGGAAAGGCUGUUUGGGUGGUUUUUUUUUCCCCCACAUAUGGUUUAGAAAAUGAUCCCUUUCCCAAACAAAACUCACCAACAGACUUUAAUAUUAGAAAAGAUACUAAGCUUUAAAUGUCAAUACAGUGGUCUUUUAUUCCCUGCCCUGUCUAUAUUUUCUACUCAAUUUGGGAUAAGGGGAUUUUAUGCGAAGCACUUGAUGAGGGUAGACCAGCAUAAAAAAUCUGUUUAAAAGAAGAAAUAAUCUUUAGGAAAAGAUAAAUCUUUAGAUAAAAAUAAAAUUUUUUCUCUUUUUUUACUUAUUUAAAAAUAAGUUGUGAAACGAAAGGUACAUUUACACAUGUACACACGAAACACUAAUAUAGCUUUUUGGUGGUUGCUUAGUUUAAAAUCAACUCCCUAUCCAUCAUCCCUAGAUAUUCUACUUAUCAUAUUGCUUCAUGAACACCUUAGUCAUUUUUUACUUUACAUAUAUAUUUUUUUAUCAUCUCAAGAAAUGCAUUUUGAAUUGAAUGAACUAUCUUCUAAGCUAAGGUACUCAAAUUUAACUUUUAGCCACCUUAUAUGGGAGAGCCUGGAAACUAAAGGGGACCAGGGACCGUUUGACCAAAAGAGGUGUUUGGUGGAGUUUCUGCAUUUCAAAGAAGAAAGGCCAGAUAGGUCAUCACAAUUCAUUGUAUUAUUCUUUUUUUCCCCUUAAUGUUUAUGCAAAUUUUAUUUUAUAUUUCUGAAUUUGGUUAGCACAUACUAAGCCAAAGACUAUUCUAAAUGCAUUUAUAGUGAAUACUAUAUAUGCCCAUGGUAAUGGGUCCUCCCUAAGGAGUGGUGAAUGUAAUUGUGUGAAUCCUGCUUAUCACAAGUGGUGCAAUUUGGUCAUAAACUUUAUUUAUACCCUGUAUACAUCUGAAUAACAGAGCAGAAAGACCUAAAAAAGGGCUUCUCACAGGAACAAUAUUACUAUGUUGUUCUAAGAAAAAAUAAGUUGAGUGCUGUAUUAGUUUGUUUCUGAAGUUCUAAUAGGCAGCAUUUUAGAAUUAAGAAUUGUGUAUAUCCAUUAACUGAUAUAAUUCACAUAUCCUUUUAUUUGUUAUCAGAAAGAUCAAUACUAUCCCAAUUUAUUCAACUUGUUACCCAAGAAAUGGAACCAAAGGAAUCCAACUUUCAUUUUGUGUAGAAUCAUACCUAUUUAUACUUAAUGCUAGCACUGUAAGAAAUAAAUCUUUUUUGCUUAAAAAAGGGAAGAUAAGAUUAAAGAUUCUUAGUGAGAUCAUCUUGCCAAUUUGUUGUACAUCUCUCAUUCAUUGUUGGGGGAAAAAAAGCACAACUAUACCUCUUUAAUGUUAUUUUCUUCCAUUAUCCCUCAUUUAUUUGGAAAGAUAAGGGAAACCUUGUCUGUAUUAUCCAGAAGCACAGAUAUUUGCUUGACACAAUAUUUAAAUUCAGCCCAAUCUUUAACAUUAAAAAAUUUUCUUUUUAACUUGCUGGAAAAGUCGGAUACAUUGGCAAAUAUAGGGAAUUCAUGUCUUUUUUUUUUUUUUUUUCUGGUCUUGCUCUGUUGCCUAGGCUGAAGUGCAAUGGCACGAUCUCGGCUCACUGCAACCUCUGCCUCCCGGGUUCAAGCAAUUCUCCUGCCUCAGCCUCCCAAGUAGCUGGGAUUACAGGCGCCCACCACCACACCCGGCUAUUAUUUUUGUAUUUUUAGUAGGGACGGGAUUUCUCCGUGUUGGCCAGGCUUUUUGAACUCCUGACCUUAGGUGAUCUGCCCGCCUUGGCCUCCCAAAGUGCUGGGAUUACAGGCGUGAGCCACUGUGCCCAUCCUCAUGUCAAUUUUUAAAGUGAUAAAUCCUGAUAUUAUACAUUGCAAUUAGUGUAGAAUAAACGCUUGGCUUAUAGAACUCUCUGUUGUUAGUCUAAAGCUGUUCCCAAACCAGGUCAUCCUCACGAAACAUUCUUGACCAAGAAAAAAGAUAAGGUCAUUGAGAUAGGAAGACAGAGGAAAAGCCUCUUGCUGUUGUUUCUUCCCAAGAAAGGAGAAGCCCUGCCAGGGAGAAGUCAGUAGUAUUGCUGACUCACCGUAUCACUGAGUGUAGGGUGUGGUAGCAAGGAGGAGGCAGGGAAUUCACGCUGACAGGUGGCUCUGGCCUGGCUCUUGGGGGGCCCUCCGAAGACCAGUCUGCAGUUUGAGGAAGGGCCCCAACAAUUCAUUUGGAGAGCUUGGCCAAAUACUUUCUCAUUAAAUCAGCACCUAAACUUGAUGAACUUAAAGUUUGUUUAUUAGAGUUGAAAACAUUAAAAGAUGGAUACUAAUGGGAGAAAAAUACUAAAGACCCAAAAUUUAAGAUUUUCCAAAAUGGACAAGAAUUGAUGGGUUAAUUUGCUCAUAACUGAUACGAGUUUGCUUUUAUGUGUGUGUGGAAAGCAUUUAAUGUGUGAUGCUGUUCAUAGUCCUGGCUAUUUGAUGUCAUUUUCAGUUUUACAACAUUUUGAGGAUGACACUUUAUAAAAUGGUAAAUCUUUCUCAGCGUUUACAAACUUGGCUUUUGAGAAGGGAAAAAUCCUCUUUGCUAUUUCUGUAAGAAGAAUAACUGAGAUCAGCUAUUAUAUAGGUUUGCAAGGAUGGUGUACACAAUACAAAUGUAAACUUGGACAGGAAUAGGAUAAAUAAAUUGCUUUCAUCAUAAAGGCCAAUCAUCCAUUUCUUAGUCCAAAGAGAUUAAAUAUAAAUAGGACACCCCUGAGAUUUCCAGUAAGGUAUUUGAAAGGAUUCCACUGGGAGGGCAGGGAAUAUAUUUUAUCUCAGAGCAUCCAGUUUGUACCCAGUUUUCUAUAUGGUUUGUGAACUGUAGCUUUUAAAAAAAAUUUUUUUUGUAGUUUUCUUCUAACCUUAUUCAUUAAGUAGUUCCUUGUUUUGGCCCUUCUACUCUUGGCCUUAGCUAAAAGCAGUAAAUGUGAGUGAAUUUUAUGUUGAUUAUGUCAUCUGGAUCUCCUUUCCUUCCCUUCUUUUUCUCAUUGAAUGGUGGUACCUUAAUUUGGGUAACAGCUAGCUUCUGGCACCUUCAUAAAAUACCUCAGAAUAGCUUAGCGUUGUUGCAAAACUGGUUUUAAACUAAAAACCAAAUAAAUAAAUGAAAAAAUUUUAUAAAUAGUGGAAAUAAUUCUAGCUGUAGCAUUUAGUUGAACUAAUGUUUAUUAUGAUCGAUAAACAAGAUUGAUGCUGUAUGUAUUUGGGAUCCUGUUUAUAGGUUACAAUUUAUAGGGUUAGGGAGGGUUGGGUGGGGGAAGAGGAGAUGUUGAUUAUGUUAGAAGGAAAACAUUGCUCGUGUGUGUGUUUGUUUUUUCUUAUAUCUGUCUUGCCAAUGGAAACUUGAUUUUCCCUGUGAUUGGCUUUGGCCUCUCUGUGGUCUGGUCUGCAGCAGUGUGUGGUGGCAUGCAGGUAACAUAUGGGGUGUCCAGUAGGUUCAGGGACCCUGAGGGUGCAUUUACAUCCCUUCCUGUGGUUGCCCAUGCCCCCCAGACCCUGCCAACCUCUCCUAAUGAUUCAUUACCUCUGUACAUAGCAAAAGCAUAGGCAAAGGAUGAAUGCGUGAAUGCCUGGAUGUGCAGUUGAGAAAUAGAGGCAGACAUAGACAUGCACCAAUUAAUUUGGAGCCAAGAGGUGAGUGAUUGAUGUAUCUUAAAUCUAGGAAAGUUAAAGUGAAACAGGUUCUUUGUGUUGCCCUCUGUCAAGUUACUGAAUGUUGUGCUAAUAACACAACACUUUAAAACCUUACUUACUUUUCUCAUACCAAGGCUAGUUCUUUCUAGACCAAAAACACAAACAGGAUAAAAAGCAAACCAAGAAGUUGAAAGCUAACCUGCCCACCUCACCCCUGUGAUACAAAGUGUGAACCUUAAGGAUUGGUUGGUGGGAUUGAGGAGAGAAUUAUUCUUGGUGGGAACAUGAAUGAGAAAUGAUGCUGGCUUAGGAAAAAUUACAAGCCCUUUCUGCCCAUACUCUGGGACAGACUUUCUUGGCUCCCUGAGUUCGGAUAUAGACUGUAUCUCUAGAAAGGCUAUUUUUUUAAAUAAAUGAUCCCACAGAACUUAAGUGGGAUUUGGUUUAGAUACCAAAGACACUGCUAAUGUCAUUGCUUAUCCUUAAGUUUUCAAAACAAGCAGAGGGAAUAGGAGCAAAAAGCCAAAAUUUGGAAAAGCUUUACUUUAUCUCUUUCCUUCCCUUUUCCCCUUUUCCCAGUCCCCUGCUUUUUGAAGGAAGUCUUCUUGGUUAUCCUGGCUUUGGAAAAGAGAUUUAUUUUGUUUUGCUCUGCUGGCUCUUUAAAGAUGGAUAGUUGCUCAGUGUAGCAGUGAUGUUCUUGGAAUUGCUGAGAAAUUUGGGGAGGGCAAAAGAUAGGAGUAGAAUUUUUUCAUUAUUUCCCUUUAUCUAAUACUUUUAAAUAGAACCAACACAGCCUAUAUGAGUUCAGACAAUAUUUAGAUGUGGUAUCUCCAUCUGUCUCCUGUAAAAGAUAAGAAUUUUCAAGAACAGGAUUACGUGGAAAACCAAAAGAUCUUCCCUUACUCUCCUAUAAAUGUUUUGUUCCAAAUGUUUUUAUAUAUGGGCUCUAGGGAGUCAGGUAGUUCAUUGUUUUGGUGUACUAUUGAUAGGACACAGAAAGGGAGAGAGGGUAAAGAAACGUAUCGCUCUCUGAAUAUUGCAUCAAAAAUGAUUAGGUUGCAGAACUUCAUGAAAGCUUUACUAAUAAUCUUAUUGUUCUGACAUUAUGUAAAGGUGGUAUUAAUAUUGUAUGACUUGUCAAAGUGCUAGAUAGGUUUAUAAGUAGGUAAUAGGGAUGUUGAAGAUUAGAGCACUUGAAACAGAAGUUCUGGGAAAACAAGGUGUGUGUAAUGGAACACCACUUUGAGCACAGAAACAAAGGUCCCUUGGACCUGGUAGGGAAGAUGUGAUUUAUGAUUGUUUCUGUGUCCCUGUAUCUGCCCACCCUGCACAGGGCUCCACCACCCAGGGCCACCUUCUGGUUUAAACCCAGGACACUGUCAAAAAGUUAAGACCCCAAAACUAAUUUACUGUAAAAAACAUUGAGGACUGCUGCAAAGUUUUCCCUUGUUUUCUUUGUGUACUUGUUCAUCAUUGUAUAAGUUAGCCACAGCUUCACAAGAGCAGCUUAAGGCUUCUUUCAUAAAUUGGCAGUGGCAUUGAGUUCUCAAACAUUAUAUCCCAAAGUCUGCAGGCAGACAGCUGGAUACAGCGCUGUGUAUAAAUGAGACGUCCAAACACUUGAGUUUCUUAAGAUUGGGAUCUCUUUCAAAUGAAAAAGGACAGAGCCAAGUAGAGAAAAGACUUUGUGCUCCCACCCAGCCUUAAUGAGUCUCAUGGUCUAAAA